CAACACAGAAUGUUUCAACUUCUUCGAGUUCCACGAGAAUUCAUUGGAGCAGCCACUCAUAAUCAUCGACGGACAACUUUCAGACUUUACUUAAUGUUGUCCAAGUGGUGCAAUAAAAAUGCUCCACACCUAAGGUUCGGUGAGUUGCUUUCGACGUGCUUGAUGGAGCAGUGCACCCAAGUAGAAAGCAUGAACGAGACUUUCUACUCUUUCAUCCUCAUCCAGGGCGAGGAGGAUAGCUUGAUAGGCUGCAAUAUUGAUGGUGUUGAGGUCGAUAUGGAUUUGGAUAGCGGCGGUUCUUGGCAU